AUACUUGUGAAAGUUUCAUGCUUUAGUCAAAAUUUGCACAAUUGUUCGGCUAAUCCGCUCUACUAUGUUAUGUAUUCUUGACCCACAAGCCUCACAUGAUGAAUCUUGGUAGCACGUGUAUAUUAUGAAUUACACACAGAUUACAUGUGUUGAUAAUUUUUCAAUACUUUUAAAGCUCUCGGCUCCUAGAGGCUAGACCUUUAUUAAUGUGAGCAUGAACUUCUCCCUGGAACUUCUGCAGACGUGGACGUCCAGUUGACACCACUUCCCUCGUUUGUUUCAUAUUACUCCAGCCAGCACAAGUCUAAAAUAAUUGUAAAAUGAUAAAGACAAAAGUAUGAGAAUAUAGACGUAAAAAUUUUAAUUUGGAGGUUGGAGCACGGACGGUGUCGUCCGCGUCUAGCUACAUCAACAAAACGGCGCAUGGACGGACUUCCCCCAUGAGUUUCCCGUAUCCGCAAGACCAAUGUCCGCUCCGUCAUCGAUCAAUCCGGCUGCUUUCAGGAUGUUUAGCAGAUAUUAAAGGCAAGGGCAUUCAGUAAGCCAGCCUUCCUUUUAAAAUACAACAUGGGUGUACCGACUCUGAUCUAUAAAACUGGUGGUGCAGCUGUCAUUCCAGGCAUUUCAGAAGCAGCAAGCAAGCUGGAAAAACCAAAGGUGAACAGAUUGUUUCUGCCCUUCAAAGCUGUUUACUUUUGGCUGUGGUCAGGUAGUGCAUGUAUCAUGCCUUUCUUCCCAGUCUACAUGACAUAUGUUGGACUCAGCACCAUCCAGACAGGUCUCAUCCAAGGUUUGGUCCCAUUUGUAGGGAGUGUUGCAGGACCAUUCUGGGGAAGUCUUGCUGACAAAUCAGGCAAACACAAGACUAUCAUGCUCAGCAGUAUGAUAGUGUCAGCCAUCAUCUACGGAAGUCUGGUUUUUCUACCUCUGUUGAAUCAUGACAAGGCUGAAGUGGCCUGGACAAAUAUCACCAAUGCUACAGAUGGAAACUUUAUUCCAUUGGAGGUUGUAAACAGUGUGGAGUUCUUGCAAGACACGAGAGACUCUGAUAGUUUUGUUCACAAUAGCAGGGAUUGUCAUGAGGUUGACAAUAGUUUAAAGGUUAAUUUAGGACAUUGUUUUCAAAUGAUGUUUUUCAGUAAUAAUACAGGUACCGGUAUUCAAAAUAAUUGGACAGAUAAUAAUUUAGAUGUGAAAGGGUGCAACGUUUGUCUAUUGUGCAAUGAUAUCAAAGUGGAAUUUUUCAAAAAGAGUUAUACUUUAAGUGAUAAGUGUCAUCGAAUGUAUACCAUAGCUGUUUCAAAGUGCUCUUCAGUGUGUAGCACAUCUAGUAGUGAUCAUAGCUUACAUCUAUCAAGAACUAUUAAGCUAGGAAUCCUUUAUCAGGAUGAACCAGUUUCUUUUAAUUCACAACCAUUCAACAAGAGUACCACUGCCAUGUUUGCCACCAUGAUGGCAAUGGUCUUCACUGGUCGUUUCUUCAAGAGUCCCAUCGUACCGAUCCUAGAUUCUACCACGAUGAUGCUUGUUAAGGAGCUCAAGGAGGUUGGCAUUGAGGCGGACUAUGGGAGACAGAGGCUAUGGGGCGCUGUUGCCUGGGGCACUGUGUCCCCCCUAGCAGGAUUCCUCAUAGAUUUCUAUGCUGCCAAUGUUCCUUCAUUUAAUCAAUACCUUCCAGGAUUCUGCAUGUAUGUCCUUGUCUACUUCCUGGCCUUUGUCACUGCCACCUGCAUCAAGGUACCAAGGCAUAACCCUCCUGCACAAUCCGUCUCCAGGAAUAUAUGUGCAAUCCUCUGUAAAGCCAACAUCUUAGUCUUCUUAAUUGCCAUUGGAGUCACUGGAAUAUCUGUUGGGUUACUUACUACAUACCUCUUUCUUUUCAUUGCUGAGCUCUCAGGGUCACAUACAUUGAUGGGUCUCACUUUAACCCUGACCUGCGUGUCUGAAGUCCCAUUCAUGUACUUUGCCACCAAGCUCAUUGAAAAGCUUGGUCAUCGUGGCGUCAUAACACUCACGCUCUUCUGUUACGCUCUCCGCUUUGGUGGUUAUUCUCUCCUUCAAAAUCCGUGGCUGGUGCUUCCCAUAGAGCUGCUUCAUGGAGUAACUUUUGGUGCCCUGUGGCCUACAAUUACAUCCUUCUGCAUCCUGAUGGCUCCUGAGGGGAUGGCAACAACUAUGCAAACUUUGGCUACGUCUGCUAAAACUGGAUUUGGAAUGGGAAUAGGAACAAUAGGCGGGGGUGUCAUCUACCAUGUCUAUGGAGCUAGAAACUUGUUCAGAGGGGCAGCCAUCUUGUGCCUGGCAACCAUGAUCAUUUACUGGCCAAUCAGCUUCUGCCUUGACAGACGGGAGGCACGGGUAAAUCGUCAAAUACAGUAUGAAGAAAUCUCUUGAAUUAAUCGCCAUGGAAUCAAGUCACUCAUGUCUUAUAAUUGAACAAUCAUUGGCCUGGUUUUAAACAUGUAGAACCAGGCUAAUGAUCCAUUGACUUCAAUGGGGUAUUCAUUUGGUCAUAUCUCGGGUCCUCUUGAACCAAUCCCUGCUAAAUUUGGGGUGUGGAUGCUCCUCAUGAUCAUGCUCCUCUGAGAAAUGACAAAAAAAAAAAAAAAAAUGAUAAGAUUGCAAAACAUUUGCAUAUUUAUUUUGACGUCAUCUCUUAGUGCAAUGAAAAUUCCAUUAUUAUUAUUAUCAACUAAAAACUUUUAAAAGAAUUAUUUUGAAAUGAUUAGGUUUCUCUAAAAUUUAAAAUCGGAACAGCUAAAAAUCUUUCAGGAUAUUGCAAAUUACAGUAUGUGACAGAUGAAACAAAACCAAGAAUUACCAAUGUUUUCUCAUCGCUCAUCCACAAUAAGAUAAAGAUAAUAAAUAUUUAUGAGCGUGUUUUGGGGAUGAAGUGUAAGGUAUUAACAAUAUGGGCUAGGCAUGUCGUUGGGCGAGUGCUUUUGCAUAAUAUUAUGAAUACCCGAGAUACUUGCAUCAUCAUUAAUAUCACAAAUUUUGAAAAUGGUAAGCAGUGUAACUUUGUAGUGGAAAGAUUGGUUGACAUGAAUCCAACUAAAUUUUCUAGGAUUGCACUGACACCUAUCGAAGUCAAAUUUCCAAACUUUUUAAAAUGGUUUUAUACAUUUCUGCAGGGUAAAAGUCUUAAAAUAAGUUUUUUAUCUUAUCUAGCUUUUUAUAUAAAGAAUAGUUCCACAUUUAUAUAAAACACAGAAAUUCCACCAUAUUGGACAUUUUUUAAGGAUUAAAUAGAGUAUAUUUUAUUUAAGCUGGCAUCUGUAAUAUUUAUGCGUUAUAUCAUUAAUUCCAUUGCCCUUGUAAGGAAUUUUGGAGUUACAAACUUCUGGAUUACAAAUAGACUCAGUUUUCUCUUCUUUCUUAUUUCAAUUUUUACUGUAUUUCAAACAUUCAUACUGUAGAUUCAUAGAUUGAAUUCAUCAUUUUUUUAAAAGACUUCCUGGACAAUUAGAGCAGUAGACAGCAAUGAGAAAAUUUUGAUUCAAGUCUUGUUUACUAUCUCAAAUAUUGUUUUUUCAUGUCACAAUAAAUGUCAAACUAUUGUACAGUAUAUUUUAUGUUAAAGUACCAGUACUUAAUGGUAAAUUACCGUUAUGUUAAUUCAGAAUCAAAUACUGUAACAGGGUUUAGGUUCUUUUUCAUAAAACUAGUUUUGAAUAACAAGUGCACCAUUUCAGUAGCUUAUAACAGUAGAUUAUAACUUACCAUUAACAUGUUUUAAGAAACAGGUCCAAGGUAGUUUUAACAGUUUGCAAGAUAGUUGGCCUGGAAUAUGCAUGUACUAAUCAUAAAGAAAAACAUGAAUUGCAGAAGCCAAUAUCUCAUCACUAAUACUUUUUUAUGAUUUGUUUUUUUUAAUGACUGUAUUGAAUUAAUUUUAAUUGGUUUUGAAUAUGCAGCAGAAGUUAUUUGAAUGGUAGAUUUGCUACUGUAGAAUCUUAAAAAAAAUUACAAGGUCUACAAUAGACAAUUUUCGAUGAUAACGGAUGCAGUUUGAUAUUAAUGUAUUCUAUAUUUGCUCAGGGUAUCCACAACAGAGACUGGGAAACAACACAGUGUGCUUAUGUAAUACAGGCAAUCUACUUCAUUAAGAGUCUAUUUAUGAAUAGGGAUGUUGUCAUUUAUCUGUUGGUGAAGAUAUACAACUACCAAAGAUAAGUAAUAUGGAAAACUAAUUGGAUUUUUAGAUGAAAGUGUGUUUUAAUUACAAUAUAAAUAAAAAUUAUGUGGACUGUCAUUAUAUUUAUUCAAGGAAUCCAACCCAGUUAGAAAGUUGUUUAAAAAAAAAAGAAUAUCAGAGUAGUCUAUAAAGGCUGGUGAAAAGUUGGAACAAGAUCCAAAAACUAGAAAUUCAGGUGGGUCUUCAUAAAGCUGUUUGUAAGUUAGAGCGACUUUAAGAAUGACUAGUGAACCUUUCUUGAGCGGUAAAUAAUCACCAGUAUUUAAUGGUGAAUAUCAUUUAUGAAAAGAAAUGAUCACCAGUCAUUCUUGAAGUCACUUUAACUUACCAACAGCUUCAUAAAACACCCCCCAGGAAUAUUUAAGUUGUUCCAAUUUGUUAUCUGUAUACCUUUUUUAAUUGUCCAUAUACAAGUAGGUAAUAUCAUUGUGAUGUAAGUAGGGGACAACACCAUUUUCUUCAAUACACUAAAUGACUUAAUGUUCUCAUUUUCAAAAGUCAUUACAAGGUGGACACCACAUGGACUUUUGAAAUAGACCCUAAACAAGAAAUCAUCGUCUGAUCUCAAAAUACACUAACAAGUAUUUUUCACAUUAUCUCCACCCUGAAUAUAAAUGCCCGAGGUAUUCUAUUUUCAUGAUAUGGUGCAAUACACCUUUCACAUAUCCAGGGUGGAAAAGUAUUCCUUUUUCCCGAUCUUGGCAAUUUUGACUGUAUGCACUUAUAUAUUGCCCAGUCAAGAAAAACAACCCUUUUUACAUGAUUUUGUGGAUGAGCACGUCUUCCUUGUUAUGACAGUGCCCCCCCCCCCCUCCCUGCCCAUUUUCAGGCUUCUUUCACACUUUAUUACCAAGAUUUGAUUUCCCAUGCAAUGUUUACCGUAUUUGUAAUAUCUCAGGCAUCUCCUAUGGUAUUUCUUGUUUGUUAUUUAUUAGGUCAAAGUUUAUGAAGUGGAAGAAAGGGAAACCUUCAUUUUUUCAGGGCAUUAUUUUUUUAUACUGUGUUUCAAAAUCUUGAUAUUCAGUGUAUUUGGUUAUGUAAUUCAUGCUUUUCAUAAUGCAUGUGCACAAGUUGCACUCCUAUUAUGACAUCACUCGUACGCAUUAAUCCUUAGAGAUCGGUCGACAACAGUGUACUUAACACCAUUAAUUAAUCACACUAUUUCUCUUUCAGACCGAUUAUAAAUGUCAUUUAAACGUGACAGCUUUCCUAGAAUCUUUAUCUAUAGUUCUUCUGAUUAAUCCUUAUUCUACAAAUGGGAUUCUUGAUUUAAAUCUUUCUUUUUUUUUCAGUUUUCAUUUAUGGCCUGUGUUAUGUAUUCUUGACCCACAAGCCUCACUUGAUGAAUCUUGGUGGCACAUGUACACUGUAUUAUGAAACACACAAAUUACAUGUGUUAAUAAUUUUUCAAUACUUUAAAACUUGAGGCCUUAUAGUGAAUGCUAAUACAUUUAAUAUAUUUGAUUAAUAAAAUGAAUGUUGGUGAAAGAAAUUUAUUU